UUUUCUGCAGCCCGAACGCAAGCGGUAUGAAGACGACGAUGCUCCUCGGCGCGGCGCUCGCCGCGUGCGUGGCGCUGACUGGCGCCGACGUUGCGGCUGCGGCGACCGCGGCCUCCACCUCGUUUGACGCCAAGAUGGCCGAGCAGGCCAAGAACCUCCACAAGUUCAUGCCUGGCCCGACGGGUCCUGGCUUCAAGGACAAGGGCAUGACGAACCAAGGAGAUUUCGAGCAAAUGGGCCGGUUUGGCAUCCCCGACUUGAACAACCCGACGGCCGAAGACCUCACGGACCUCAACUUUGACACGGCGAUCGCCGGCGAUGCGUACGUGGCUGUCCUCUUCUACGACCCGAACAUGGACGACUUUGAGUUUGUCGGCUUGCAUUGGGAGAAGGCAAGCAUGGAGCUCCAGGAGAGCGGUCGGUCGUACACGUCGGCCUCGAUUCGCAUGGCGCGGUUCGACAUUUCCGAGCCCGAGCACGGCGAGAUUGCCGAGCUCUACCGCGUCGACAGCGACAAGCCGACGAUGCUGCUCUUCAAAAAUGGCUCGGUCGUGCAGCCGAUCGACGCGCGCGGCGGCCACACGGAGAUCCAAGCAAUCAUUCUCUCAGCGACACUGCCGGCCGUCACGCACAUUACGUCGGACGCCGAGCUCAAAAAGUGGAAGCGCCGCAAGGUGUUUCAGCACGCCAACAUCAAGUUUCUCGCCGUCACCGACGACGACGCGUCAUUGUCGUCGUUCGAGGCCGUCUGCCGCGAGAUCAAGCGCCGCGCGCCGUGCGGCUACGUCUCGGACCGUUUGCUCCUUGGCGCGAUUGACGUCGACGCCAACGCGCGCCAUUUCCUCGUCCGCGAUUUCGAUGCGCCCCGCGUCAUCCCGUAUCUCGGCACCGCCUUCACCGCCAAAGAUGCACUUGACAUGGUCGCCAACUACGACAUGCCAUUGCUGACCGACCUCGGCGACAAGGACGAGUCCCGCGUCCGCAACUUUCUCUCGCACCCAAAGACAUUCCGGCUCCUUGCAUUCUUCAAGACCGAGGCCGCCAAAGCCGCCGCGACUCCGCACCUCGAGGCUGUCGGCAACGCCUUUGGCCGCGACCUCCUUGUCGCCUACACGGUGGAGGACCCGGAAGACGCCAUGAACUUCGACUAUCAUUUCUGGGAUGUCCCGAGCAACGAGCCAGCGAUCCUCGUCGUACACAUGCGACGUGACCGCAAGUACCUCUACGCUGGCGCCGACGCGCACAGUGCCAACCAAAUGCUGACGUUUGUCCAAAAUGUACUGCGUGGCGACGUGCAGCCCAAGCUCAAGUCGCAGGCGGCGCCGACCCCCAACAACGGCGCGGUCCGUCUCCUUGUGACCAACUCGUUUGCAAAGGAAGUGUGGCAGGCGCCGCACCAAGACACACUGCUGCUAUUGACGCGCAGCGACCGCCACGGCCCGUCGCAGUGGUUCACGCAGCAGCUCGACGUUUUCGCCAAGGUCUGGCGCCGUGAGAAGCGCGUCUUGGUGGCUCGCAUGGACAUGCAGCACAACGAUCUGCUCGAGCUCAGCGACGACGAACUCGCAACGCUACCGAAGCUUCUCUACAUUUCCCGGGAGGCCAAACGUACCAAGUCGCUCGGCGCCGCGAUCCCGCAACUCUACCCGACGAUGGACGAGCUACGCCAGUUUGUGCAAACGCACCAGAGCAUGGAUCUCGCGGUCGACGAGAAGGUCUGGGCGCGCGUGUACGCGGACGACCUCGAGCUCCUGCGCCAGCACCGCGAGGCGCAGGCUGCGAACACCGACAUUGAGCACCCGGGCGACAUUUUGAAGGAGAUCGACGCCGAGAUCCAAGCCAUGCAACACAUGGCCAAGGACGAGUUGUAGAGGGGUUGCAUUACUACUUUCGGCUACUAUAAAUGACACAUGUUUUGCACACUAAAGACAAGUUGUCUUCAUUCCGCUA